AUGGACCGUGUGCUCAACUCCACGAGUCUAAUACUAUGCUACGUUAUAGGGUUGAAGAAGAAGAGGAGACAUGGCAGAGAUAGCAGCAGCAGCAGCUCAGACAGCAGCCUGUCCAGUUCCAGCAGCGAAGAAGACAGACGCAGAAAGGACAGAAAGGACCGUAGGUCUCGAUCAAGCAGCACAUCAUCAUCAUCAUCAUCAUCUUCAUCCAGUUCUUCAUACAGCUCAAGCUCAGAUGAUGAAAAGAAGAAGAGAAAGAAGGAUAGACAUAAGAAGACUGGGAAGAAGAAGAAGAAGCGUAGCAGCAAGAAGAAGUCCAAGAAAUCUGCCGAGCCUGGCCGUCCUGAAGGGGCAAAGGGCCAAACUAAAAGCAGUCGUCCCGUGCAGCUGUCAAAGUACAUGAAGGAUAAAAAGGAGAAGGAAGAGCAGAGAAGUGUUAUAUCUGGCCACAAGAUCAAACUCAAGGUCAAGAAGUCAAAGAAGGACAAGGAGCGAGACAAGAACAGAGCAGAGUUGUUGAACUUCCUGAACUCCCAAUGAGACCGAGGACCUGGUCAGGCUUGGAGAACUUUGGAGCCACCUGCCAUAGGAUACAGAUGAAAGUUACAUGAUACAGACUGGGCUCAAAGCACUGGUCGCAUUUCCAAAAUUUGAGCUCCUAACAGAGGUACAACAGUACACCUUGAUGUGUGAAGGUUUAUGUACAUUAAGGAACUAUUGUACACAAGUACACAGCAUAUACUUGACAUUUAAGCGAUAUGAAAAAAUUGAAGAAAAAAUUUUUUUUUACAUUACUUGUUUUCAUUUUUGUUAGCUGUGGAAUUUCAGAUUCACACUCUAUGUUGUGCACAAAAGUUUUUACUUUUUUAGUGCAUCUAAAUAAUUUGAAGUAAAAAUCAACUGUUAGGUAUACCAAUGCUAAAUCCCAAACAUGAAUUUCAAGCCCUGUACAGAAAUUGCUUACUUCAUUUCUGGCAUGGUAAAAUAGUGCAUGUCACCUACCCUAAAUAGAAUGUAUUGAAGAAAUGCUGCCAUUGGGGGACUCCACAAUUUAAGUGUGAUGUGCCUUGAUAUUUUCAUUACUGUUGGAUAACAUUCCAAAAUGUGUUAAUGUCUGCCAUGGACUGUUUUACAUGUAUAGAAAAUAGUUCAGUGGAGUUGUUUUAGGAAGAGAGAGUUUAGUAGCCAAAUACAAUGGAUAUUGAAGUAUUCAUAGACAGGGUAACUUGGUAAGAUAAGAAAUAUCAAAUCUGUACAUGUGCAUGCCUGGAAUGUUGUUAUAGCUGUGCUGGAUUGAGAUAAGGUGCAGCAUUGGACAGGAUGUACUGGUUUCCUUGAAAUAAAGCUGUUGUAGUGACUACA